UCUGACAUCCAAUCACGUCCCUCGUUGUUGAAGACGUGCCCAUCGGUGAGAACCGGAACACUCAUGUUGUGUCCUUGUGGGAUAACGAGGAAUAAGAACGUGUGUUGUGUUUAGUGUAUGUUUCUGUUUUCUCAUCACCAGGUUUUAUUUUAAAAGAGCCCAUCAUGCCUCUUCAUAAAUACCCCCCCAAAAUGUGGGAGGCCCUGAAAAUGACGCAGGGCAUCUACGCUCGUCUCCCUAAACACUACCUGAAGUCCCUGGAGAAGAAGGAGCCCACCCCCGUCCACUUCAGACCACUGGGAGUCCAGUACCGAGCCAACCCAGUCACUGGGCACAAGGAACGGGUGCAGGACGUCCCGAUCCCCAUCUACUACCCCCCAGAAGCCCAGGACGGCCUGUGGGGAGGGGAAGGCUGGAUAAGUGGCUUCAGAUACGCCAACAAUGACAAAAUGUCCAAUCGCCUGAAGAAAACCUGGAAACCACAGCUGUUCAAAAGAGAGUUGUACAGCGAAAUCCUGGAUCACACAUUCACCAUCACCGUCACACCUCGCACUCUAAACCUCAUAGAUGCUGCCUAUGGCUUGGACUUUUAUAUUCUCAGAACACCAAAGGAAGACCUAAACUCCAAAGUGGGAAUGAACCUGAAGAGAGCAAUGCUGCUUCGCCUGGUGCGCAGAAACACAGAGCUUUACCCCAAUGACCCUGUCAAAAGAGAGAAGGUUUACAGUAAAUACAAGCAGUUUGAGAUGCCAGAGGAGGAGGUGGAGUGGGUGGGUCUGAGUCUGGAGGAGGCUGUGGAGAAACAGAGGCAGCUGGAUCACAAGGAGCCCGAACCUCUUUUUAAGGCCUGUGUGGACGAGCUGGUGGAGAAGCUGCGCCUCCAACAUCUCUCAGAGCCACUCGUCAUAGAGAAGAAGUGACGACCGCAACCGUCUGACCACGACAGGAGCACCUCUCCAGACUGAAUCAAUUAAGCAGGUUGUACUGUCAAGCUUCAUGUGAGGGCAGCGGGAUUUGGAGUCGCAUUGUUAUUCCUUCCGAGUGGAGACCUGGACGUCUUCCUGAUGUUUCAGUUCGGAGCAACUCAGAGAAUGCAGCCACCUUGGACUAAAGCUUAUUUAUUGUUUCAGAUCUCCUUUUCCACUUGCAUUUAAGACCCAUACGUGAGACAUUCAGGAGUAAAGAGAACAGCCACAAUCAGUGUAAAUACUCCCGGACCAGAUGAGAUAAAUAAACUUGUAUGGGAGAUGGCAAAAAUAAAUAUAAUCCCUGUUUUCUUAAAACUUGUUUCUGCUCCUCUGUUCUCCAAUAGUUUUUAGAAAACUUCACUGAUUGUUUUAUUAUUAUGCCUGAGUUGAGAUGUAAACAAAAUAAUAGUACUUAGAUAUUUUGGCUAAGGGCCUUAAUCAAUUGAAGUUUGCAAGGCUAAUAUAAAGCUGGGGCAAGCAGCUUGUUAGCUUAGUUUAGCAUAAAGACUGGAAAUAAAGGUAACCCGUCUGUCCAACGCUAAUAAAUAUCUGCCACCAAGCCCAUCUGAAGCUCACGAAUUAGCAUGUUAUAUCAUGUUGUAUGAUCUAUAGAUUUAAAUAUAUUUCACAAAAAGGUUUUACUCUGAAAAUCUGUGUGGCCUCAGUGUUUCCAGCCUUAAUGCUAAGCUAAACUAAUCCCCUGGAUAAUGUGGCA